AUGGGCGUGCUUUGGAACCUACAGUCCGCGGUUCGAGCCCCGCCACCGCCACCCGACUUUGGUGCUACCCUAGAUCCGGAUAUUCGGCAGGUGGCUAACUUCUGUCUUCCUUGGGGUGCAGCCAUUGAGUCCUGGUCGGUGGAUCAAGAACCACCGCAAACCAACUACUUCACUUUUGUGUUGACUAAUGAAACGUACCAACGGCUCUACGGUGUGGUUUUCACAUUUUACGAACCGUAUGAUCUGAACCACCUGGAUAAUGAUAAAUGUUACCGAUUAGGUGUGGACCCGGAACUCAUGGGGUCCAAGUCAAUGUGUUUGGACGAAGUAGAUGCGGAGGAAGAGGCUCGCAUUGCGGCAACUCAGGGCCAUUUCAUUUCAGCGCGAAUCGGUGACCGAGUGAUCGGGGUCACAAAGACCAUGUGUCUUUUAUCCCGUUGGUCGUUCCCGGUUGCGUUCACCAAUUUCCUCGCAUUCCUCUACAGUCGCUGGCAACCAGCGGCUAAAGAUGAUCCCAUUCCGUUUGAGAGAUAUUUGGCUUAUUUCUUAUAUGAAGUCCCCUUUCCUACACAAAGCAUGCCUCACGUGAUGGUAGAGCUCUGUGCCGCACCGAUUUUGCUCAACUUCCCCGAGGCCAACGACGCUGUUUCCAAAUGUGAACCGUUCUUCUUUCUGUUGGACUGUUUGGGAGUCGAUUUGACAAUUCAGUUGCUUGUUCAAGUGCUAACCGAACAGAAAAUUCUUCUCACCUCGGUUCAGCAUUUCAUUCUCACACAAAUUGGUGAAGCUUUGACUGCGAUGAUAUUUCCGCUCCGUUGGACAGUUGUCUACAUACCAUUUAUUUACAUUGGUUGCAUCCACGUGAUACAAUCGCCCUCGCCGUAUUUAAUUGGAGUAGACUCACGACUUUUCGAUUUUUUCCGCCUACCUCCUGGCGGUGGUGUCACCUAUGUGGAUUUGGAUACAAAAAAUUUUAAACUGCCCGAACCCACCUCUUCCGGUCAACCUGUACUGGACGCGAAAAUGCUCCCCAAGAAACCACUAAAGCAGCUCAAAGCUACCCUCACAAAGCUGUUCAAUCGCAUUAAGGCACUUCGCCCAUCCCGGUCGCGCCAGACCACAAACGUUCUGUUCCGUUCUAUGUUCAGUCAACCUGGUUCUCAAUUGGCAAACAGCGAACUGACUCUACUGGAGCGCAGAGCUACCAUCGGAUUGCACAUCAAAAACGCAUUCAUACACUUCAUGGCUCAACUUUUAAAGGAUUAUCGACGUUUUCUGAUCCCCGUACGGCAAGCGGAACGUGAUGUAUUGUUCAAUGCGCCAGGUUUUCUCAAGGAGGUUGCCGAGAAGCAUUCACGCCCUUUCUAUCAGGCUCUGUUUGAGACGCAACAGUGGGCAAAUUUUGUACGCGAUCGUAGUUACGUGUCUACACGAGAUGAAGAACUCUCACAGUUCGAUAGUUAUAUGGUUCGUCUUUUCGGUGGUCCUGCCGACGAUUCACUGAUGGACAGCCAGACUCUAAGUGACUCACCCAAUGGCUCUCUUCGUGGCUACGGAGAUGGUGGCAGCGAAGCAUACAGUCAGUCAGGAUCGUCUAGUUCUGCGGACGCCAUUGAAGAGCCGAAUAUAUUGAAAAUGCUCUCUUCAGGUUCAAUAUCGAAUGAUUCAGUUCAUGUGAUUGGUUUUCCAAAAUGGCCUCUUUCCGAGACUGAGAAACAUUUGUUCGCCGAAUCUAGUAAAUCGAUUGACCCUACGAAGGUGUCACCAGUGAAGCUUGACAAGAAACGUCUGGAUCUUCUUGUUUCACAUGUUUGUCGCGAACAAAUUGCCUCCACCAUGAUUGAUUUCGGCAGUCCAGAUGUUCCAGACAAUAGCCAAUACUUCGGCCGCUAUCCACAUACCUCCAGUCGCUCUGUUUCCUCGAAUAAUUUAUUGAACAACGCCAGACACUAUCUGGGCUCUUCCAAACCAGAGCUUUUUGGCCCUGUAAACGAUCCACUGCUUGUUUCCUUGAUGACUUCAGAUACGCCAUCUCCAUUCAAUUCACGUUCGGCUCUAUCCACCGCACUCAGUUUGACCGGACUGCCGACUCAGCAUCCACUGCCCGUCGGAGGUUCCGUUAUUCUUCGGCGGUCUCCUCUGGAACUCCAUCAGACUAGCGAAUUCGGUGAGUUCUUCUACAUGAUUUGA